AUGCACGACUUCUGCCUGACGCUCCCGUGGGGGCUGUUCGUCGCCCUCGCCGGUUUCGCCGGGUUCGCGAUCGCGGGCAGCACCAAGUCGCUCGUCUUCGGCGGCGGCUUCGGCGCGCUGCUCAUCGCGCUCGGCGUGCAGUCGCUGUCGCGGUGGAAGCGAGGGAAGGGCGCGGUCGCGCAGACGCUCGCGUCGCUCGUCGUCUCCGCCGCGCUCGCGUUCGUGAUGGGGAAGAAGUGGCUGACGGGGGGUUCGUUCGUCCCGAGCGGGAUCGUGUUCGUCGGCGGGGUGUGUAUGUGUUUGUUUUACGCGCAGAACAUCGCGACGGGGGGGAACCCGCCCCGGGAGAGCAAGGAGGACUGA